CUGGGGCCAGAUGGAGUAGGGCAAGCUAAAAAUAACCCGGCGGGCGGCCCCCACCAGGGGAUGGGGGUGGGGGCCUGGGCUGGGCGCGGACACAUGAUCCCAGGGACCCGGCCGAGUGGAGCUGAGAAACUCUUCAGCAGCCCGAGCACACUUCUGCUCCCCAUUCUAGGACCCACCAGCCGGAGCACCCCUCUCCUCUGACCAUCUAGGAAGAAACACCUCGAAUCAGCUGCAGGAUGGGCAGCGGCCGGAGAAAGGUCAGCUGGACUCUGUGCUUCCUGCUUCUGCUGCUCCUUGAAGGUGCUUCCACCAAGAACCUCUGGAAGCGGGCAUUGCCCUCGAGGCUGCCGGAGAGGUCCCGUGUGGAGGAGGUAGGCGGCUCCCGUCAGCCCCGCGCAGACCGCUGCCCACCGCCCCCGCGCUCGCUACCCCCCGGUGCCUGCCAGGCUGCACGCUGCCAGGCCGACUCCGAGUGCCCGCGACACCGGCACUGCUGCUACAACGGCUGCGCCUACGCUUGCCUGGAGGCCGUGCCGCCCCCGCCAGUUCUAGACUGGCUAGUACAGCCGAAACCUCGAUGGCUUGGGGGCAAUGGCUGGCUCCUGGAUGGCCCUGAGGAGGUGUUGCAAGCAGAGGCCUGCAGCACCACCGAGGACGGGGCCGAGCCGCUCCUCUGCCCCUCAGGCUACGAGUGCCACAUCCUGAGCCCGGGUGACCUGGCUGCGGGCAUCCCCAACCGGGGGCAGUGUGUCAAGCAGCGCAAGCCAGCAGAUGGUCGAUUCUUACGACAGAAAUUUUACAAAGAAUAUCCAGAGGGCGCCUCCAAGUACGUGGCAGAACACGGACAAGGACAUCAGAGGCACUUUCAAUAAAGUGACAGCGCCUGUCUGCAAGAACAUUCCUCCAGUUUCUGCUGAGCCUCAUUGGGUAAAAAAUGAUUUGACCUCCAAGGUCAUGCCCAGCCCAAGAGAGCAUGACCCCAGCGGUGUUUGGAGACAGGGCCCCUGGCUCUCAGCCCUGGCGUGGCCCAACCUGGCGGGGUGACUUCAUGGGAGCCCCUCACUAGCUUCACGUUCCUGCUUUAUCAUCCUGGAAAUGAGGCCCUCCUAGUAAUCCCCUUGACCUUGCCACCCCCCAGAUCUGCCUCAUGGGAAGAGGUCACUUCCUUUGGGAGCUGUGUGGAGGUCAGUGUCUUGGUUGGUACAGGUUUCUCCCAGGUUUGACUCUGGGAGACAUCUACCCAUCCCAGAUGUUCUUGAGAUAAGUCUGCUCAUCAUAAAAUGGAAAUAAACUCACCUGCUCACACGUGA